AUGUACAUUUUUGAAAAUCUCAACUGGGAUGGAAAGUAUGACAAACAUUUGAUUUCCGAUGGUAAGAAUAUUGUCACAACUAAUAUUAAAGAUGGUGAUAUGAAAAGUUUGAACUCUCCGAUUUCUGAUAAGGUCAGACAAGGUAUCCCAGAGAAAAAAUUGUGUUCAUUGUUUCGUGGUGGGUCAAAAUGUAAAUAUUGUGACCCACCAUCACACUUUGAUGUUUCAAAAAUGCAAAUUUACGGAUUGUACUCAACAUGGCAAAACGCCCUAUUCCAUGGGUCAGAACGAAGGAAACUUAGAAAUAUUCCCAAAGACUUUAUUGUAACUGAAAAUGGCAGAGAAGUACCCUUCAAACCUGGACAGUAUCCACGGAAUGAAGCACAGACGUCAAGUAAUCGUGCCAACGAAGAAUUGAAUCCUGUAUAUUCAUCGCAAACAACAUCAAAUAACGAAGCUCGUAAUCUUCAAGCAGAAUUAUAUACUGUAGUUUCAUCAUCCAAUGAAGGAAAUUCGUCUGCUAAUAAUCCCUCCCAUGAACAUGUACAACCUGAAGUUGAUGCGCAAGAUGAUGGUUAUACAGACGAGGAAGAUUUUACACGCUAUGUACCCUACAAAAAACCAGUUGCCUGAAACUGCGAAUUUUCGGCCUAAUUAUUUUAUUGCUCAUUAGUUUGAUGUCCUUAAGUCUAGCUCGACUGAUUGUACCUGUCGGCAUGGACGAUUCCUGUUGAAUUUUAAAGAAACAGAUUCUACGUCAAAGCAUGAUGCAAUUGCUUUAGUUGGCGGCUUUACUGUCCUGGGACUGAU